AGAGUUCGGCGGGCGAAGGGUGUCACGCCUUCUCUCGGCAGGCGGAAGUGAUAGAGACAGUCGCAGAGGGACGCUGACAGCAGCUCCGGCUCGGGGUUCAGGAGGCGCAGGCUCGGUACCGCCCCGCCGCGCCCCGCUGCGCCCGGAGCGGAAGCACCGCGGCAGGAACGCUGGCUUCGGGGAACCCAGGAGCGGACCGUCGGGCUCCCGGGACGUCCAGGCGGGACCUCCAAGCAGGAUGACUUUGGGAAUCUUUGCAAACUGUAUAUUCUGCUUGAAAGUCAAAUACUUACCUCGUCAACAGAAGAAAAAGCUGCAAGCUGAUAUUAAAGAAAAUGGUGGAGAGUUUUCCUUUUUAUUAAAUCCUCAGUGCACACACAUAAUCUUAGACAAUGCUGACAUCGUCCUGAGUCGGUGUCAACUGAACUCCAUCCAAAAGAAUGAUGUCCAGAUUGCAAACCCAGAUUUCAUCUGGGACUCUGUCAAAGAGAGGAGACUUUUGGACGUGAAGAAUUAUGAUCUCCAGUCACUGGCUAUGAUGCCACCGCCAAGUGAAAAGAGCUGUGCUGAGGUGGAAACAGAAGAUGUGUCUUUGGACAACACCCCAGAGAAUGACAACACUGAAGUCAUUCAGGUUUCUGCAGAGAAUGUUGAAAUUCCUCAUUUUCUUCAAGACUUUGAAGUUGCGAAAUAUAACAUCUUGGAAAAAGUGGGAGUGGACGGAGGCCAGGAGACUGUGGUAGUAGAGCUGCAGUGCCCCCGGGACCCAGGGGCCUGUCCCUUUGUGGUAUCGGCACACUUCCUCCUGGCUGGCAGCACGCAGACUCGAAGAGAGAGCGCUGGAAAGCAAACCUCUGAAGGUGCCAGUGAGUAUUAUGAGCGUUACAUUGAAGACCUGAAGAGACAAGGAUUUCUGCUCCAGGAACACUUCACGGCUGAAGCAACGCAAUUAGCAUCUGAAAAGCUGCAAGCAUUGCUUUUGGAGGAGGUCAUAAGUUCAGGCACUCUGAGCCAGGAGGUGAGCCAUUUGGUGGAGAUGGUCUGGGCAGAAGCUCUGGGACACCUGGAACACACACUUCUCAAGCCAGUGACCAGCAUAAGCCUGAAUGACGUGAGUAAAGCAGAGGGGAUUCUCCUUCUCGUAAAAUCAGCUCUGAAGAAUGGAGACACAGCAGAGCAGCUGCAAAAGACAAUGGCCGAUUUCUACCGAUUAAUUCCUCACAAGCACCCGGCAUCAGAAGAAAUUAACCUGAGGUUGUUAGCUCAGAAAGAGGACCUUUGUCAGCUAAUAAGAGACAUGGUGAAUGUUUGUGAAACUAAUUUAUCCAAACCCAACCCGCCAUCUCUUGCUAAAUACCGAGCUUUGAGAUGCAAAAUAGAACAUGUUGAACAGAAUACUGAAGAAUUUUCCAGGGUUAGAAAAGAACUGUUGCAGAGUAAUCAUGGUGAAAGUCCAGUAGAUGUCUUGCAGAUAUUUAGAGUUGGCAGAGUGAAUGAAGCCACAGAGUUUUUGAGCAAACUGGGCAAUGUGAGGCCCUUAUUUCAUGGAUCUCGUGUACGGAACAUUCUUGGAAUCUUGUCUCGUGGGCUGCUUUUACCUAAAGUAGCCGAAGACCGAGGUGUGCAAAGAACAGACGCUGGGAAUCUGGGGAGCGGGAUUUACUUCAGCGACUCACUCAGUACAAGCAUUAAGUACUCACAUGCAGGAGAGACGGAUGGCUCCAGACUCCUGGUUAUCUGUGACGUUGCCCUGGGAAAGUGUAUGGACUUAUUCAAGAAGGACUUUUCUUUAACUGAGGCACCACCAGGCUAUGACAGUGUGCAUGGAGUUUCGGAAAUGGCCUCUGUCCCUACAGACUUUGAGGAUGACGAAUUUGUUGUUUAUAAAACUAAUCAAGUUAAAAUGAAGUACAUUGUUAAAUUUUGCAUUCCUGGAGAUCAAGUAAAGGACUUCCAUCCUCAUGAAAAUACUGAAUUAGAGGAACCCAGAGCUGAGCCUUCAAAUGUUUCAAAGGUUGAAGAUUUCCAGUUACCAGACAUCAAGCCCCUCACCAACGUCAAAGCUGGCCUUCAGGACGCAUCAGCGAAUUCUGUCCCUCUUGAAAGUGUUCACAUCAAGGGAAGAAUAAUAGACUUUGUAGCCCAGGUCAUUGUUUUUCAGACAUACACAAAUCAAAGUCACGUGCCUAUUGAGGCAAAAUACAUCUUUCCUUUGGAUGACAAGGCAGCUGUGUGUGGCUUCGAGGCAUUCAUCAACGGAAAGCACAUAGUAGGAGAGAUAAAGGAGAAGGAAGAAGCCCAGCAGAAAUACAGAGAGGCUAUCAGCCAAGGCCACGGUGCUUACUUGAUGGACCAGGACACUACGGAUGUUUUCACUGUCAGUGUUGGAAACUUACCCCCUCGGGCGAAGGUUCUCAUCAAAAUCACCUACAUCACGGAACUCAGCAUCCAAAGCCCUGUGGCCAUCUUCUUCAUGCCUGCCACUGUGGCGCCCUGGCAACAGGACAAGGCUUUGAAUGAGAACCUUCAGGAUACAGUGGAGAAGGUCUGUGUAAAGGAAAUAGGGACAAAGCAAAGCUUCUCCCUGGCCAUGUCCAUUGAGAUGCCCUACAAGAUCGACUUUAUCUCCAGUGACACACAUGAACUGAGACAAAAGAGUACGGACUGUAAAGCUGUGAUCAGCACUGUGGAAGGCAGCUCCCUAGACAAGAAUGGAUUUUCUCUCCACAUUGGUCUGCGUGAUGCCUACCUCCCAAGAAUGUGGGUUGAAAAACAUCCAGAAAAAGAAAGUGAGGCUUGCAUGCUCGUCUUUCAACCAGAUCUUGCGGCCACCCUUCCUGGCCUCCGUGAAAAGAAUGAAGUGAUUAUUUGUCUUGACUGUUCCAGUUCCAUGGAGGGUGUGACCUUCGUGCAAGCCAAGCAAGUCGCCUUGUACGCUCUGUCUCUGGUGGGUAGAGAGCAAAAAGUGAAUGUUCUGCAGUUUGGCACAGGUUACAAGGAGCUGUUUUCAUAUCCUAAGUACAUUACAAGCAAUAAAAUGGCCACAGAAUUCAUUAUGUCCGCAGAACCUAACAUGGGGAACACAGACUUCUGGAAAAUUCUCCGCUACUUAAGUCUCCUGUACCCAUCUGAAGGGUUACGGAACAUUCUCCUCAUAUCUGAUGGGCACCUCCAAAGUGAGAGUCUGACAUUGCAGCUUGUGAGAAGAAAUACCCAGCACACCAGACUGUUCACCUGUGCUGUUGGUUCUACAGCAAAUCAUCACAUCUUGAGGACCUUGUCUCAGUAUGGUGCUGGAGUAUUUGAAUAUUUUAACUCAAAAUCCAAACAGAGUUGGAAAAAACAGAUAGAAGCCCAGAUGACCAGGGUACGGUCCCCAGGCUGCCACUCUGUCUCCGUCAAGUGGCAGCAGCUCAGCAGAGACGCCCCUGAGCCUCUGCAGGCUCCAGUCCAGGUGCCUUCCUUGUUCCAUAAUGACCGACUCCUUGUCUACGGAUUCAUUCCUCAUUGCACACAGGCAACUCUGUGUGCGUUCAUCCAAGAGAAGGAAUUUUGUACGAUGGUGUCAACUACUGAGCUCCAGAAGACAACUGGGACUAUGAUUCACAAGCUGGCAGCUCGGGCGCUGAUCAGAGAUUAUGAAGAUGGUAUUCUCCAUGACAACGAAACCAAACACGAGAUGAAGAAAAAAAGCAUGAAAUCUCUGAUUAUUGAACUCAGUAAAGAAAAUUCUCUGAUUACACAAUUUACAAGUUUUGUGGCAGUUGAGAAAAGGGACGGUGAUGAGAUUCCUUCUGCUAAUGUCCCAAGUAUUUCGGAACUUGUUGCCAAAGAAGAUGUAGAUUUUCUGUCAUACGUGAGUUGGCAGGAAAAGCAUCCAGAGGCCGUCAUAGCAGAGGCAGAAAUUGAGUGUGCAGGACCAAUGCAAGAUAAAAUCAUCAAUGGCAGCAGACUGUUACAGGUGCCUGAAAUAAGCAUGGGAUACCCUGUAGCUGGAGCUACAUCAGACAGUUUUGACUCAGCCAAGCCCUUCCCAGCCUCCUCUGAAGCGAAGGAGAAACAGCCACAGUUAGUUAAAAAAUCCAAAAAACGACUAAAAGCAUGUCAUGGAGUACUUAACGGCUGUCCUGAAGACUUGAUCCUCGAGCCACAGUCGCAUGCAACAGCGAGGUCUCUCAAGGUCCACUCGCUAUGGGAAGCCGUGGAACAGCCGUUAGGUGGGAAUCGCAAGGAGUCAAUGGAAAGACAGGGAUUUAAAAGACUGAUGGCAGCUCAGCCACGAGGAACAGUGCCUGCUUCCAUGGGUUUUUCUGCCCCUGCGGUCUCAGCUGGACGUCCCCCUCCUGCUGGUGGCCCCCACCUUCCUCCCCAUCCCUCUCCCCCUCCCCCUCCCCCUCUCCUUUUUGGCAGCCAUCUUCCUCCUCCCUCCAGAGGAUUCAUCCCACCUAUACUGGCCUCACCUAAGUUCAGCCAAAGCCCUAAGCCUGUCGGAGGUACCAGCAUCUUCCAGGCCUCAGGGUCUUCUCAGGGGCAGCUCUUCUCAGGCUUUGGCGGUGUUACUACCUUCUCAGAUAGCAUCUCUAGUUCAAAGGAUUUUGAUCUAGGGAAAGUUACCCAACUCCCUCUCAAAGCCCCGGAGCCGGAUUCCCAUCAUGGGUCACGUUUUCUCACCUCCUUCAGGUCACCUCUUUACAGUCCUCCUAAGGCACCUUCUGUCUGCCCUCUUCCCACCGAUGUUCUCAGCUCUGAGCCCUGUUCACUUCGUUUUCAAAGUCUCUCAGUCCCUGGGAGCUCUAAUUACAGAAUUGCAGAGACCAGAAUGGAUUCACUGGAAUCAGCUGGUUCUACCAGCAAUGCACCACCAGACGUCUUUCUAGAAGAGGCUUUGCCUGCCUCAUCCGGUGGAAGUUCUUUCAAAGCAGAAAUGGGUGAAGCAAGAGGGUAUAGACCAUGCCAUAGAACGAUUUUAGAAAGGAUUGAGAGAUCUUCUGUAACAAGGGACGCCUCCCCAGAGGAAGAUGCGGAAUGGGUAGUCUGCGAAGAAAGCCGUCCUGCACCGUGGACUUCACUGUUUGCUCUACAAACCGAGGAUGGUUUUUGGAAACUGACACCAGAAUUGGGACUUAUAUUAAAACUUAAUGUAAAUGCUCUAUGCAAUUUUCUUGAAGAAAAAGGCAUUCGAUCUCUAGGUACAAAAGGAAGGGACUGUCUCCUGGACCUGAUUGCCACGUUGCUGGUACUGCAGUUUCUUCGUACCAAGUUGGAACAAGAAGGAAUGGUCGCCAAAUCUCUGAUAAAGAUGGAUGACACCUUCAUCUCCAGGAAUAUUCCGUGGGCUUCUGAGAACAUUAAGAAAGCAAGUGAAUGGGCCAGAAGAACAGAAGGGCAGUACCCAUCCAUCUGCCAGCGGCUCGAGCUGGGUCAAGACUGGGAGUCAGCCACAAAGCAGCUCCUGGGGAUCCAGCCCCAAGCCAACAGUUCUCUUCAGCGAAUCCUACACUGCAGUCAGGGCUGAACCCGAUGAAAUUGCAUUUUAAACAUUUCUCACAUUUCUUUUUGUUGUUCUUCAAGACAGGGUU